GUAUAACAUAUAUACUUAUGCAUUUGUAUGCUGAUAUCUUAUAUAAGUUCUCUUCUUUCUCUAUUUCCAGGUUCGAAAAAUGGCAUUGCGAUUUAUCGUUGCCAUAGCUUUGAGUGCUCUCAUUGGAUUAAGUUGUGGUCGUCCGGCUACGGAUUCACCUGCAGCUGAGCCAGGAAGUAGCAAAGCAGAACCUUACCUUGUGUAUCCAGGAAAUACCGGUGCCAAACCGUCAUACCAGAAGAACGGCGAUAUUUCGUACUUGUACAAUUGGUUGAAGAACCACAAGUUUGACCCAUGGAAACCCACUGCCGAAAAUAAACCAAUUGCAGAACCAAUGUCUGAGCCGAAGCCUGAACCCUAUUACCCUUAUAUGCCGAAAGUGGUGCCACCGCACACACACGUUCCGAAGCACACACAUGGCCACAUGCAUACUGUUACGCACAGCAGGACUGACCAGCAUGUCCUACCACCACACUUCGCACAGUACCCUUACGGCUUUAGGCCACCCCAACCUUAUGGCUUUCCUUCUCGAUUCCAAAUUCCGCCAUUCCCAUACCCACCAAUGAAGCCGGUCUACAGAUACCCUUUUCCACCUACUUUUGGCUAUCCUUUCAACCAACAACAGAAAGAUCAAAGAGGACAAGUGCAACAACAAGCCUAUUAUCAACCAAAGUACCCUAUGUUCCCACCGACUAUGGGGCCAGGGGGAGCUGUGGGUGGUCCUUUCUUACCGCCAUUCCUGCCACCGGCAUUCCCACCAUUUAGAGGGUUCCCAUACGGCCAACCAAAUCAAGGCAAAUUCGGAGGUUACGCUACCAACGUUUACAAUUCUGUAGGCAACGGUAAUGGUAUGUUCGGAAGCCGCAUCGUUAAUCCUGGAUCUUUUGGUUUUGGUGGAAUAUUGAACAGCAUUAAAGGAAGCAGUUCCACUCCCUUCCUACCGAAACCCUACCCGUUCGUUCCAUUGCAGCCGAAAUAUGGUUAUCCACCUGUCAUUCUCAAUUAGAUGAUUGAGUUAGCAAAAUGAUGACUGUUAAUCAACAUGGUUGGAUGAAAUGCACGAAAGACAACGAACUAAUGGAAAA